CAGACGCUCUGAAAAAUUCAUCUCUGCAGUUGUCGCCGGUCCUUGCCCCACGAAAGCCUGCUCGCAACUCUAAGUUUAUGGAUAUCGAUAACAUCGUUGGGCCCCUAUCUCACCCAACUUCCUCGCCACCUCGCAGAGAUGCCAACAAUAUGACUGAGCCGCCCAACUACCACUCUGCAAUACCUGAUAACAUUCCUGUCUCCCCGCGCACAUUGCAGCCCACUGGUCAUCUUGGUUCUCUAUACAGGAGAUCCCUCUCCCCCCAGGUCGACGCAUGUGGAUCUCGCGAAUUACCUGGAAUGGGAGCUUUCGUGGAACCCUCUAGGAAGUUGCGGAAAGAGGCCACUGGGUAUUCACGCAACUCUGUGAAUAGCAUGACUCUGAUCAACACCCCAGCCCACUAUAUACCUCCUCCUAAGCCCUUCACACGCAAAGGCUCCUCUCUGACUCCGCAGGAAAGAGGCAGCAUCACAUCCGAUAUUGACUCCACCCCUCUCCAGGCGCAAACUCCCUCUCUGUUGCCGCAGCAUAAUCAAUUGUAUGAGGGUGACUCGGACGACAGGAUGGUUAGGGGUGGAUCUGUGGAAUCUGACGACCAACAGUAUUUGAUCACUGCGGAGGACGGAAGCAUCGUCCCAGCGGCUGAUUCCCCCGAAGCCCGCAAGCGACGACUGAAUACUAUUGCGGCACGUAGGAGUCGGCAGCGAAAGUUGGAAUAUGUCCGCUCGCUCGAGGCUCAAGUGGCCGAACUUCAGAAGGAGCGUGAUGAACUCAGGGCACGAUGUCGAAGGGGUGAGGAGAAGGUUCAAUGGUUGAAGGAGAUGCUGAUGGAUGGUCGAGGUGCUGGCUCCAGUUGA